CAAUUCCAGAUGUUAGAAGGUACAAAAUUAAUGGGUUUGAAAGUUGCUACAAUUAUUUAAGCGGAAGUUGUUAUAGGAAUUGAAAACAUAUUCAGUUCAUUAAUUCAUUCUGUAGAGAAUUCAUCGUUGGCAAAACAACUAUUCGGAUAUGUAAUCCUGAAUUUUGCUCUAACCGAGGUUAUUGCCUUGUUUGCAUUAAUGAUGAUUUUUUUAUUUGUUUUUUGUUUUCUAAGUUUCUCCUUUUGA